AUUUUCGAUUAUCAAUGUGGAUGGUUCAUGAGGGAAGAAUAAAGAUAGGGCGACAUAUUUGUGUUACACAUAGAAAUCAAUAAAGAACUACAGAAAAAAACACAAUCGCUGUAUGAUUUCCUGUCAAACUAAAAUUUUAAAAGUCUGAAGUGAUUUUAUUCAGAUACAAAAGAUAUGCUUGACAUUUCUACGUUAUGGAUAUUAUUUUUUUUUACGUCCAUUCUUUACCGAGCUUCGAAUCAGAUGAACAUAGGAACUGUUCUGUUCGUGGACGAGGAUUUAAAAAGGAAAUGCUGGUCGCCUGCUAGUACGAGACUUUUACUAACGAGAAUGAUAGUGGAGGACCUGCUUCCUUGUCCGUCAAUAUUAAACAUGAUUGACGAUGAGAUUGUGUGCAAUUUGUUAGAUUACAUAAAGCUGGUUUACCACACCAUCAACAAGGAAACGACUGGAAAUAAGAGACACACAAUACUUCUGGCGUUCAGUGACGCAUUGGGAGGAUACAUGCGACAUGUAGUCCUCCCAAACGUCAAGUACUCCUUCUAUGCCGGCACUUUAGAUUACUCAAGCGUCGAAAAAAUGCAGGAUCUGUACAAAGAAACUAAAAAUCUACUGAAGACCAACGGUCAUGGAUGGGCGGAACCUGUUUGCGAUUCAUGUUGUAAAUGCGAACCCCACAGCUUCAGCAUAACAUGCCCCAAGGAUUGCAAGGCAUGCGAAUCUCUCACUUUAUAUUACGGACCCCGUUUUGAGAAUUUCGACAGGGCCAUUCCUUCUCCCUUUCCUGAUGUAGCCGUGCCUAUACCGUACUUUGACAGGCUGAUCAAACCCACAGUGCUGGCUGUGCCGUUAAAGAGCUACCCUCUGAGGGGUAUGCAGGCCCCGUGGGGCCUGAACCUGGUAGUCAAGUAUUACUUGACUGGCUACAAAUGCCUGGCCAAAAGACGCAGCACUAGGGCCAUGAGAAUGUUCCAAAACGGCGUGUAUUCCUGGAUGAUAGAGGAAGUGAUACCUCUUCUUGGAGACGAGGAAAUUUACACAGUGUUUGGAGGAGUUUUGAGGGUGUUAGCCACCCUGAAAAGGCUUGGAGCAAAACGUAUAGAUCUUCACGCAUUGCGCAAGCGCUACUCGCAUAUGGCUGACGCCUACGUCAGGAGGACUUCGAUAUGGACUUUCACCAAACACAAAAAGAUUGCCGUUGCCAUUCUGAUAUUCCUCUUCAUCUGGUUUAUGGUAGGGUUCUGCUUCAUUUGCUGCAAGUUGCGAGAUAGAGGUAGGAAAGGCGCUUCUGAGGAUGGAGGGUCCAGAAAGGGCUGCAAGUGUGAAGGGACCUUUAAAGGAGCGAUUAGAUCAGUCACUUGUGGCAUCAAAAAGACGAUUUCCACAUUUACCGGUGGCAGAAGUAGAAGUAGAAGCAGAAGUGGCAGCAGGAGUGCUUCUCCUGGGAAUAAAAGGGAUUGCAUGUGCUUCAACGUGAAACCAGAAGUAUACAAUGUGGAAGAAACGGAAGAGGAAUCAUAUUUAGAGGAUGAAAGCACUCAAAGAAAAAUUGGGUUGGAUGAAGGAGGUUCAAGCAACUUACAAAGACCUAUGUGUGCCCCAUCGUAUUCUUUUGGAUACGAUUUUCAAACUUCCACUUCCGAAAGUGUAACGGAUUCAGAUGGUGAGCUAGAAAUGAAUAGUCAAACUCCUGAAUCAAGGUCAAGAUGAAUACGAGCGAUGUUUUACACAAGUUAACUGCAUAUACAAUUAUUUUUAUGAUAAUAAAUUGUUUAAAAG